CCAAGAAGGUCGAUUUUGAUUCGGUAGGGCCGAGCCGGCCUUGACCAGAAGCUUGUUUCAGCUGUUCGUUGCCAAGCAUUUUCUUCAACAUCGCUCCAUCGGUAGGACGGUAGGUAUGCAAGCCUACAGACUGACAAACUGUUGGCUCAUAAGGCCAAUCGCCCAAUUCGUCGAACCGGUUCGAAUUACGGUCGUGCACUUCGCCCGCUCGCAUUCCGAUAUCGUCAGGAGAGGUCUGGAUCCCGAGACAUGGCGUUUGGCCUGUCUGAGAAGUAGAAGGCGG